GGCGUGGUCUAGUGUUAAAUGCCGGCAUUGACAGUAGAAGGUGGAUGGUGUAUUUGUGAUGAUGGAGGGUUUGUUGUCUGCAGGUAUUGAGGUGCGGUCCCGGGCCAAGCAGUACGAGAAGUUGGAUUUCUUAGGAGAAGGACAGUUUGCCACAGUAUAUAAAGCCCGGGAUAAGAAGACUGACCGGAUUGUGGCAAUUAAAAAGAUUAAGCUGGGACACAGAGCAGAAGCUAAGGAUGGCAUAAACAGAACAGCAUUAAGAGAAAUCAAACUGCUGCAGGAGUUAAGCCAUCCAAAUAUUAUUGGUCUUCUGGAUGCCUUUGGUCACAAGUCAAACAUAAGCCUGGUGUUUGAUUUUAUGGAAACUGAUUUAGAGGUCAUAAUACGAGAUACCAGCUUGGUUUUAACUCCAGCUCAUAUUAAGUCAUACAUGCUGAUGACUCUUCAGGGGUUGGAGUAUUUACAUCAUCUUUGGAUCCUACACAGGGACUUAAAGCCAAAUAACUUGCUGUUAGAUGAGAAUGGUGUCCUAAAACUGGCUGAUUUUGGUCUGGCAAAGUCGUUUGGAAGUCCUAACAGAGUUUAUACUCACCAAGUAGUAACAAGGUGGUAUCGGUCUCCAGAGCUUCUGUUUGGUGCUAGAAUGUAUGGGGUUGGAGUGGACAUGUGGGCAGUUGGUUGCAUUUUGGCAGAAUUGCUGCUUAGAGUACCGUUUUUGCCGGGAGAUUCUGAUUUGGAUCAGCUCACAAGAAUAUUUGAGACUUUAGGUACUCCAACAGAAGAACUGUGGCCAGGCAUGACCAGUUUGCCUGACUAUGUAACCUUUAAGAGCUUCCCAGGAACACCGCUCCAUCUUAUAUUCAGCGCUGCAGGAGAUGACCUGCUUGAGCUUCUGCAAGGUUUAUUUAACUUCAACCCAUGUGCACGAUGCACAGCCACACAGGCACUGAAAAAGAGAUAUUUUAGUAACCGGCCGGCACCUACACCGGGUAACCUGCUGCCACGGCCGAAUUGUUCGGCAGAAGCACUGAAAGAACAACAAAACCUUAAUCUGGGUAUAAAGAGGAAGCGUACAGAAGGCAUCGAUCAAAAAGACAUUGCGAAAAAACUAAAUUUUUGACCACUGGCAAGACAAGAAUUUGUGGGAUUACCUUACAAAUGCUGCUACGGACUUCAAUGUAAAAUAUGAUUGGGAUGGACCUUGUAAAAUAGUAGAUAUUUUUACAUGCUGGGAAUUCUUUAUUUUUUUUUGUUAAUAUUAAGAAGGACU